AAUUUUCUUUCUAGCCUGCUUACUUCAAAAAUUAACAACUUUCAUAUCAUCGCGAGAGAAUACAAGUUUUAAACACAUUUAAUUUAGAACCUAAAAGUUAUUUUCUCUUAAAUUUACCUGGAAUUUACAAUUAGAUCCGAUACAAAUCGCAGCUAAAGUGUAACUUGAGUAAAAUGAGAAGGCUCUGAAGUAAAAUGAGAAGGCUCUCAGUAAAUGGGUGUGUGCUAUUGUUUUAAAGACCAAUGAUAAAUGUGAUUAUGUAAUAAAUUCUCCUUAAAGAUUUCAUCUUUUCCAUUUGGCAUUAAAAAAAAAAUGAGCUUACAAGUGUGCUAGCUUUUAAUAUUAAAGUAUUAUAAAAUUUGGAUAGUUCAAAAACUGCAAUUUGUUCAAAAGUUUAAUCAAUAAGGAACUAAUUUAAUGUUGUGUUUUUGGCUUAUAAUUAUAACUUUAGUAACUGGUGUCACCUAAGUAUUGGUUUUGCAGGCUAGAUCCAGGCUUACUUCACAAUUUAUUUAAAACAUCAAAAUGGGUCAACUUUUUACACAUCUCAAAAAAGAUGAAACCACUGUUUUUAGCCAAGCCUUUAAAUUAAAGUUUAGUGAUAGUGUUGGAGUAGAUUGGAGAACUCUUGGGCGUUGGUUAAAUAUUGAAGAAAAUUAUUUAGACAUGAUUGAUCAAGAAAAUUUAAAAAUUAAUGCAAAAGCAUAUUCAAUGUUAACAAAAUGGUUGCAAAUGAAUGACAAUCCAACAGUUGAUGAGUUGAAAAUAGCUUUAAAAAAAAUGAAUAGAAUGGAUCUAAUAAGAAAAGUAGACGAAUUCACAAAGACUUCAAAUUCACCAGAAAUAUUUUCCGGAUUUUCUGCCAAUAAAGAUUUGUCAAAGUUGUCUGCUGAACUAAAACAAUAUUAUCUUAAAUAUUAUGGAAAAAUUAGUGAACUUCAACCACUAUUAAAAGCACCUGCAAAUGUUGAUCUAAUGAAUAAGUUUGUUGAUCUAUGUAUUGUUGAUGCAGCGAAGCCACAAAUGGAUGCUGUUUUUAGUGUUGAACGAAAGGAAUUUCUCAAAAAGCAAAUGAGUUAUACACCAAUUUCAUACAGUAAAGUGUUUAUGCAAGAAAAAUCUGUAAUAUUAAUAUCUGGAAUAGCUGGUAUUGGGAAAACAUGGUUGCUUAGAAAAUGUUUGCUUGAUUGGUCAAAUGAUUUAAUUUGGAAAAAUAUUGAACUUGUUUUUUAUUUUGAAUGCAGGAGGAUUAAUCAAUAUAAAAAUAUUUCUAAUAUUAAUGAUUUAAUAAGCGUUUUUUACAAAGAUAUUACAAGUAACUUCAAUAUUAGUAUUCAUACAACACUUUUUAUUAUUGAUGGGUUAGAUGAGUUUAAAUUUUUUAAUGAGUUAUCAAAUCCGGAAUUAAAAUGUAACUAUCCAAUUGUUAAUGUUUUAGCAGAAAUUCAAAAUUAUAAACAUUUAGUUGCUGGUAGAGUUUAUGCAAUAGAUCAAUAUCAAAGUUUAUAUACAGAUCGUAGUGAUAAGUUAACCAUUCAAAUAAUGGGGUUUAACGAAAAUGGAAUAACAAACUAUGUAGAAAGUCAUGUUAUGGAAGAAAAUAAAGAAAUUGUAAAAGCAACUUUGAAUGAAUCUCCAAUUGCUAAAGCUAUGGCAUCAGUUCCUUUUUAUUUAUCUUCCAUGUGUAAAAUUAUAAGUAAUUCAAAAACAAUAAACAAAAAUUCUUUCUUAACAAUGACAGAUCUGUAUGCAAAUAUUUUUUUAUAUUUUUUGCAAAAACACAUCAUUAAAAACAAUAAAAUGAUUUAUCAGAUAAUGGAAAACGAUUCUAAUAAAAAAUAUAUUUUAAAUAUUUGUAAAAUUGCAUUUGAACUACUUGUUGAAAAUAAAGUAAUUUUUUCUAAAGAAGAGUUUCAAACUUUUGUUAAUGACUUCGAUAAAAAUGAAGGUAAUUUUUUUGGAUUUAUAGAAAAGAUUGAAACAGAUCUGGGUUGUUAUUAUCAGUUUGCUCACUUGACAAUAAUGGAGUUUUGUGCAUCUGUAUAUGCAUAUAAUUGUUUAAGUAGUGAUGAAAUUAUGACUAAUAAAAAGCUGGAGAGUUGUUUAUCAAUGAUUUGUGGAUUAUCUAAUUCUAGUCAAAAUAGUUUUAUAAAGUUUCUUGUUAACUUGAAUCCUUUGAAAAAGUCCUAUGGAAAACCUAUCCUUUUGUAUUCUAUUUUGGAUCGUCUAUCUAAAAGUGAUGGUUUUAAUGAAGAUUUCAAUUUUUUCUACGAAUGUUUUUACGAAAGUCAAUCAUUCACUGAUAAAAUAAAAUCAAUUGUUGAUGAAAUUGUUGAUGAACAAAAUAAACGAAGGUUUGGUUGGAAGAUUUUUAUUGACGAUGGAAAAACUUCUUACGCAACUUCUUGCGAUAAUUAUUUUGUAAAUUAUUACAUAAAAUCUGGAAGAAAGUUAAAGUGGUUAUGUGUUAUUAAAAAUAUUUUAAGUGAUGAAGAAAAAAAUCUUAUAAUUCGAUGUUCAACUAAUGUUCGCGGUGUCAGCUUUUUUCAUCCAAUUAAUUUCGAAGGAUGGAAACCGAAAGAUAAGAUUGAAAGGUUGUGGAUAUCGAUCUCAUUUUAUAUAAUAACAAAAAAAGAUUUUGAAGAAAACUUUCUUCCUUGGAUUAAUCUUUGUGAAGAAUUAAAUCUUGAACUUCACGACGACAUUGAUUUCUUUAAAGACAUUUGUGAAUGGAUUCGUUGUUCGAACAUCAAGAAGUUUGAGAUCGAGUACCGUGGAAAAUAUUUUCGUAACCUCGAUGAAUUAACUUUAUAACGCGGAAAAAUGUUUAAUAUUUUAAAUAUAUAAAAUAAAAACAAUUAUAUAAUAAUAAAUAAA